AUGCCCCCCGCGCCCGAUGGCAAGAUUUAUUCGGCAACAUACAGUAAUGUUCCCGUCUACGAGUGCAAUGUCAACGGCAACCAUGUCAUGCGCCGUCGCGCCGACGACUGGAUCAACGCAACCCACAUCCUCAAGGUAGCCGACUACGAUAAGCCUGCCCGAACCCGUAUCCUCGAGCGCGAAGUCCAAAAGGGCGUGCACGAGAAGGUCCAAGGUGGAUAUGGCAAAUAUCAAGGCACAUGGAUACCGCUAGAGGAGGGACGGCAUCUGGCAGAGCGCAACGGGGUGUUGGACAAGAUGCGCGCCAUCUUCGACUACGUCCCUGGUGACCGCAGCCCUCCACCUGCGCCUAAGCAUGCGACAGCUGCCUCAAAUCGCAUGAAGCCUCCAAAGCAAACUGCCGCGGCGGCGGCGGCCGCUGCUGCAGCCCGGAAUGGUAAAAACGUCUAUUCGCUUGAAUCUAUGCAAUCAUUUGUAACCACCAGCGCACAGUCGCAAGUUAGCGAAGAGCCGUACGAAGCCUCCCAGAUCAGGUCGCAGAUCUUUCGCGAGGAGACGCCGGACAACGAGACUGUGAUUUCCGAGUCUAUGUUGGGUGACGCCGACAUGCUGGAUUCUUACUCAACGGGCGGCAACAGGAAGCGAAAGAGAGGGGUGGAUCAGAUGUCUCUUCUAGACCAGCAACAUCAGAUAUGGGCAGAUCAGCUACUCGACUAUUUCAUGUUGUUAGACCAUGAAUCCGCCGUCUCAUGGCCCGAACCACCGCAGAGCAUAAACCUGGACCGACCCAUCGACGAGAAGGGACAUGCAGCCAUGCACUGGGCAGCGGCCAUGGGUGAUGUGGGGGUAGUGAAGGAAUUGAUACAUCGAGGAGCGCGCAUCGAUUGUCUGUCGAACAAUCUGGAGACACCCCUAAUGCGCGCUGUCAUGUUCACCAAUAACUUCGAUAAGGAGACCAUGCCGAGCAUGGUCAAGAUCUUUCAGCAGACGGUCCACCGGACAGAUUGGUUCGGUAGUACCGUAUUCCAUCACAUCGCGGCGACCACCAGCAGUUCGAACAAGUAUGUUUGCGCAAGAUGGUACCUCGACUGCAUUAUCAACAAGCUCUCAGAAACCUGGAUACCAGAAGAGGUUACUAGGUUACUCAACGCAGCAGACCAGAACGGUGAUACGGCCAUAAUGAUCGCUGCGCGGAACGGAGCGAGGAAAUGCGUGCGAAGUUUGCUGGGACGCAAUGUCGCAGUAGAUAUCCCUAACAAAAAGGGCGAGACGGCAGACGAUCUGAUCAGAGAACUCAACCAACGACGACGAAUGCAUGGACGUACUCGGCAAGCUUCAUCGUCACCUUUCGCGCCACCACCGGAACACAGACUCAACGGACACGUGCCGCAUCUAGAUGGAGGCCCGCUGAUCCCAGUGCCCUUUCCUAGCAUGGCUGUCCGAGAGCCUGUCCAGUAUCGCUCACAGACGGCUUCACAUCUCAUGACCAAAGUCGCGCCAACACUACUGGAGAAAUGCGAAGAGCUAGCCGCUGCGUACGAGUCCGAACUCCAGGAGAAGGAGGCUGAGUCUUUUGAUGCAGAACGUGUUGUGAAACGACGCCAAGCCGAACUCGAAGCCGUUCGAAAACAAGUCGCUGAACUACAGGGUGUGUCAAAUGGCCUACACAUCGACCUCAACGACGAUGAAGCAGAUCGGCAGCAAGAAGAGGAACUGCGGUUACUAGUGGAAGAAGCAGAGUCACUCCUGGAGAUUGAACAAAAAGCCGAGCUCCGUCGACUGUGCAGCAGCAUGCCGCAACAAAAUAUGGACAGCUCGCCUGUGGAUGUCACAGAAAAGAUGCGACUAGCAUUACUACUACAUCGUGCGCAGCUCGAGCGGAGAGAGCUAGUCAGAGAAGUCGUGGGUAAUUUGAGCGUGGCGGGUAUGAGCGAGAAGCAGGGCACAUACAAGAAGCUCAUCGCGAAAGCGCUGGGUGAGCGGGAAGAAGACGUCGAGUCCAUGUUACCUGAGAUACUGCAAGAGUUGGAAGAAGCCGAGACGCAGGAAAGGGCUGAAGGACUUGAUGGGAGUCCGCUAUAG